GCGGGGGUCACGUUACGCGGAGGACGCGCCGCCGAGCGCCGGGCGCAGGGAGCCCCGGGCCGGACCGACCCGGACCGGACCCCCGCGGCCCGGCCCCGGCCCCCGCCCGCGGCCCGACAUGACGGGGCUGGAGGACCAGGAGUUCGACUUCGAUUUCCUCUUCGAGUUCAACCAGGGCGACGAGGGCGCCGCGGCGGCCGCCCAAGAGCACUACAGCUAUGCACCCACCAGCAUCGGCUCUGCCCUGCCGCUCCCCACAGCACACCCCUCGCUGCCAGCCCCGUGUCAUGACCUGCAGACCGCCACCGCGGGCCUCUCGGCCAUGCCAGCAGCGAGUCACUCCGCGGGCUAUGGGGCAGCCAUGGACAGCGCGUCCGCGGGGUACUUCCUCUCUGCCGGCAGCAUCAGGCCUGAUGGGGCCCCGGCCCUGGAGAGCCCCCGCAUCGAGAUCACCUCGUACCUGGGCCUGCACCACAACAGCAGCCAGUUUUUCCACGACGUGGAGGUGGAGGACGUUAUCCCCGGCGCCAAGCGGUCCCCAUCCACGGCCACGCUGAGCCUGCCCGGCCUGGAGGCCUACCGCGACCCCGCGUGCCUCAGCCCGGCCAGCAGCCUGUCCUCCCGCAGCUGCAACUCCGAGGCCUCCUCCUACGAGUCCAACUACUCGUACCCGUACACCUCCCCCCAGACAUCUCCCUGGCAGUCUCCCUGUGUGUCCCCCAAGACCACGGACCCCGAGGAGGGCUUUCCCCGCGGGCUGGGGGCCUGCACCCUGCUGGGCUCCCCGAGACACUCCCCGUCCACCUCACCCCGCGCGAGCGUCACGGAGGAGAGCUGGCUGGGCACCCGCACCUCCCGGCCCGCGUCCCCCUGCAACAAGAGGAAGUACAGCCUCAACGGCCGGCAGGCCCCCUACUCGCCCCACCACUCGCCCACGCCGUCCCCGCACGGCUCCCCCCGGGUCAGCGUGACGGACGACACGUGGCUGGGCAGCACCACGCAGUACACCAGCUCGGCCAUCGUGGCGGCCAUCAACGCCCUGACCACCGACAGCAGCCUGGACCUGGGCGACGGUGUCCCCGUCAAGGCCCGCAAGACCGGCCUGGAGCACUCGCCCUCGGUGGCCCUCAAGGUGGAGCCGGCCGGGGAGGACCUGGGCACCACCCCGCCCGCGUCCGACUUCCCGCCCGAGGACUUCUCCACCUUCCAGCACAUCCGCAAGGGUGCCUUCUGCGACCAGUACCUGUCCGUGCCGCAGCACCCGUACCAGUGGGCGAAGCCCAAGUCCCUGACGCCCACAUCCUACAUGAGCCCGUCCCUGCCCGCCCUCGACUGGCAGCUGCCGUCGCACUCGGGCCCCUACGAGCUUCGGAUCGAGGUGCAGCCCAAGUCCCACCACAGAGCCCACUACGAGACGGAAGGGAGCCGCGGGGCAGUGAAGGCGUCGGCCGGAGGACACCCCGUCGUGCAGCUGCACGGCUACUUGGAGAACGAGCCGCUCACGCUCCAGCUGUUCAUCGGGACGGCGGACGACCGCCUGCUGCGGCCACACGCCUUCUACCAGGUGCACCGCAUCACGGGCAAGACGGUGUCCACCACCAGCCACGAGGCCGUGCUCUGCAGCACCAAAGUGCUGGAGAUCCCGCUGCUGCCGGAGAACAACAUGCGGGCCACCAUCGACUGCGCUGGAAUUCUGAAACUCAGAAACUCUGACAUUGAACUUCGAAAAGGAGAGACGGACAUCGGGAGGAAGAACACCAGAGUGAGGCUGGUUUUCCGGGUCCACAUCCCGCAGCCCAGCGGCAGGACGCUGUCUCUCCAGGUCGCCUCAAACCCAAUCGAGUGCUCCCAGCGCUCGGCCCAGGAGCUGCCCCUGGUGGAGAAGCAGAGCGCGGACAGCUACCCGGUCGUUGGCGGGAAGAAGAUGGUCCUGUCCGGGCACAACUUCCUGCAAGACUCCAAGGUCAUCUUCGUGGAGAAAGCUCCAGAUGGACACCACGUCUGGGAGAUGGAAGCCAAGACCGACCGAGACCUGUGCAAGCCGAACUCUCUGGUGGUCGAGAUCCCGCCUUUCCGCAACCAGAGGAUCACCAGCCCUGUCCAAGUCAGUUUCUACGUCUGCAACGGGAAGAGGAAGAGAAGCCAACACCAGCACUUCACCUACCUUCCCGCCAACGUUCCCGUUAUAAAAACAGAGCCGUCUGACGAUUACGAGCCCGCCUCAGCCUGCGGACCGGCGAGCCAGGGGUUAAGUCCCGUCCCGCGACCGUACUACAGCCAGCAGCUCGCGGCACCGCCCGACCCCGGCUCCUGCCUCGUGGCCGGGUUCCCGCUCUGCCCACAGAGGAGCACCGUGAUGCCCACGCCGCGCAGCGCCAGCCCGAAGCUCCACGACCUUUCUGCCGCAGCCUACACCAAGGGCAUCGCCAGCCCAGCUCACUGUCACCUGGGACUGGCGCAGCCGGCCGGAGAGGUCGCCGCCGUCCAGGACGUGCCGAGACCUGUGGCCGUGCACCCCGGCUCGCCCGAGCAGCCGCCCCCCGCCACGCUGCAGCCGCAGCCCUGCAGCCCGGCGCACCUGCCCACGAUGGGCCGCCCGCAGCACCUGCCGCCGAAGGCUCAAAGGAACCUGUCUCCAACCGCCCGGCCACGGUCCCUGCCAGAGGUGCGUGAGGACAGUGGCCGUAAUUUGGCCCUUAUUCCUGUAACGGUCAAGCGGGAACCCGAGGAGUUGGACCAGUUGUACCUGGACGAUGUAAACGAGGUAAUACGGAAUGACCUCUCCGGCACCAACACCCAUUCGUAGCUGCCACGUUGGAGUUCGCACAGUUCAAUGCAGAAGUCGAGCUUCAGCAGAGACGUUUGACUAAAUAAACCGAACACACACCUGGUACCGCUCAGAGCUUCCGACUUCCUGGAUGCUGGAGCUGAGAGUUCAGAUUGUAUGGACAGAGGAGUCGCUCUCGGCCGGGCGGAGGGAGGUGGCGGAAGACCAUCGCAUCUCCUGAAGGAAAAGUCAUCUCGAGACGCCGGAGGGUGGCCGGCGGGGCGCGUGCCUUUCACAGACCUACGGACACGCGGUCUGACCCCGAGCCACCCCCCGGCACCCCUGGAGUUCAACACUGGAAGUGCCUUAUUUAACCAGCCAUCCGGGCUCCGUGGAAUCGCGCAUUGAACUUGCUGCCGCGAGAGUGUCUGUAGGAGCAGAAGCUGUCGGAACAUUUCGUUGUGAAUUGUUAUCCGCUGUGUGAAUUCAGAGAAUACUGUCAAGCUGAGGGCUGUCAGAGAAAGCUGAUCCGAGUUUCUUAUCUUUUUCAACUCUUCCCGGGCUGUACCAUACAAUCUCGCACCUCGCCCAGUGCAUCCCGGAAAUCUUCCAACCUGUCAUCUCAGCUCUUUAUGAUAUACUUGUUCCUAAGACUGUAGGAUUGUUAACAGUAGCAUGCUAGGACCUUUGUUUCUAAUCUGGCUUGGAACAUAGCACAAGUAAGUCGAAUAGCACAAGCUAGGUUACUGGACAAACAGGGAAUUCUGUUGCGGGAUGGGUCUUGCAUUUGCAUGUAUGUGCAUAUAUAGACACGUAUGAAUAGUGCAUGACAGAUGGUGAUGGCCGUCCAGCAAGGGCUUCCACGUUAGCAAUAACAGUAUCAUUCUGGAAAGUGCAUCUGGGACUCCACACCUGGCUUCCCAGCUCCCUCCUGUGGGGCGUGUCCCUCCCCCACCCCCCGCAGACGGCCACGAGCCCCUUAAGCCGGAGAGGGGCAUCCGCACAGCCAUGGCUCAGCACACGGCCAGACGGGGAAGUAGCUGUAAAUAACGUCACAAAAGGAGUGUAAUAUAUUUGUUCAGUUGUAAGGUUAUCAUUUCACAGAAGCCUUAGAGCGCUGCGCUUCUAACAGUUACCAAAAACAAUGUUUCAAUAUGCAGCAGUGUAUAGAAUGUUUCCAGAUUAGUUACUGUUCAUAGACAGGUUAGUGUAGGCUCGACUACUGCAUUUUGUACAGUUAAGUGCUUAUUACACAUUAUGACUAGCAGUGACCUAGUAUUCAUAUAACCAAAAAGCAUGGUUCAAGUAAACGUGUUUAACUAAUAACUGUGCCUUAGGAACGAAUGCCCCCUGGUGGAACUCGCCUGCACUGCGCCUGCGGCGGGGGCCGUGGUGACUGUCGCCGAGCAGAGUUGGGACGGAGGACGCUCCCGCGGGGAGAACUCUCUCUCGGAUAUUCUCCCGCAUGAUUAUGUCUCACUUUCUUAACUCACAGAGAGAGACAGAGACUGAAAGCCGUGUCUGUAACACUUGCACAUAACUGUGAAGAGCUGACGGCGUGUGGCCGCGUGUACAGAUGCCCGGACCUGGCGCCGUAGGCGGUGCAUGGGACCCCCCCAGCGGCUGUCGCGGGAGGAGGGAGUGUCCGGUGUGGCCGUCUCUGUAGUUAGGA